AUGGAAACGAACAACGAAUUCAAAAGCUGUCAGAGUCUCAAAGAUCCCGCACAGAUCAACCCGACGUCACUUCAAAACCACCUCCAUCUGGAGAGCUCCCACCAGGCGCAUGUGUACUGGGUCAAUCGCCAGUGUCAAAAAACCGACGAUGGAAGAAUUCUAGCGUUCGGCGUUGUCUACGAUUUCAUCAACGAUGCCAUGGAAGGUGUUAAGGAAAAACGGCAAGUCACCGUGGACUGGGCGCGAUGUGUUUGUGAAACGAGCAAUUGCGAUCCGACGGUUUUCCCGCACGCCGUGAAACUAUUUGACCGAGUGCUUCAAACGACACCGUGCAAAUACUCGCACUUACAGAGCAUUAUCGCCGCUUGCAUGCUGAUCGCCUCAAAAUUUCGCGAAACUGUCCCCCUUGGCAUCAGAAGACUAGUCGCUUUGACAAAAUAUUCCGUCGACGAGCGAAUGAUCAAGGAUGUCGAGAUGGUGGUUUUAUUGAAGCUGCAUUUCGACGUUUCGGAAGUGACGUAUCCAGAUUUUUACCCGUUUAUUAUCGACAUUCUUCAUGCAAGCAACAUCGGCGAAAAACUCCCCCUUCCGUCAAGCCGAUACAUGCAAGAUGAACUCCUUCCCUGCGUGAGCAAAAUCGCCGCCCUCGCCCUUUCCCAAGAUUCCGAAAUGGUUUCUCAUAAACCCAGCAUCAUGGCCGUCUGUUCCCUUGGCGUCUUUCUUUGCAAAAUGCGAUUUCUAACGACCCCGGUUCAGUUUUUCCAAGCGCUGUGUCCAUUUAUCACGACCGUGCGGGAAUCCGCCGAGCUCCGAAAAUGCUGGGACACUUGCAUGUUGGUCUGGCAAAACUACGCCCGAGUACCAAGUUCCGUCUCUCCCACCUUCGCCUCCCGACCGGUCAACAACAACAACAACUAUCUCCCCAGCCAGCAGGCGCCCAAUCGUCUCCCCUCGGUCAGCCAGAUCCAGCGAUUGAAAGGAGCAAACGUCGACCCGAUGGCAAACGAAAUGGUGGUCGACCAUGGCGAUCCGGACCGCGACUCGGGCCACUACAGUAAUCUGGACUAA